CGUUUUGUUUUGUCGCUUCCGUUAGGUCGGCCUCUCAGUAUGCGGAACUCCCUGCAGGCUUCUAGUGCUGCUGAUGAUGAUGGGGAGGAGGAGGAGGAUGUUAUGACGGCAGGUUGUAACUGACCGAGCCACACGUUUCACUGAGCAGGCAGGCGGACACAUAUUUCGCAUAAUUUAUUAUGUUCCGGGACACUCAAACGGAGUGGCUAACCUUUUCAGCGGUUGUCCGCGAUCGAUGUUUUCAAUGAUAAAAGAAGGACUGAAUUCUGACAAACAUCGCUGCCUCUCCGCCGUGACCGAGGAGAGCGCCCACCAUCCAGGCCGUCAUCGGCAGCUGGCUGGCUUGGCAGCGAGCAUUAGCGGCUAACCGGCUAACGUAGAUUGGACCCAGUCUUCUUCUUCUUUUAUGUUUUUUUUUUUUUUUUGAAUCAUCAUAAUGAUAGUAAAGGAGCUGCAUUUCAAGUAUACUCCUGAGCUUUCUCACUUGUGAUGGAGAGGUACCCUUAACUCAAGAGGCGACGUAUAUCCUGGAUGCUGUGACAUACAGGACAUGGUCAGUCCAACAUGGAGAAAAAGAAAAUGUGCCCCCGCCUUCUCGACUACUUGGUAGUGGUUGGAGCAAGGCAACCUACUAGUGACAGUGUGGCCCAGACCCCUCAGCUUCUCCGACGCUACCCACUAGAGGACCACCAAGACUUUCCGCUCCCACCAGACGUGGUUUUCUUCUGCCAACCAGAGGGCUGCCUGAGUAUACGCCAGCGCAGGGUCAGCCUUCGCGAUGACUCCUCUUUUGUUUUCACCCUGACUGACAAGGACUCAGGAAUUACUCGCUACGGAAUCUGUGUCAACUUCUACCGCUCCUUUCAGCGAGGACAUCAUCGUACUCGAGGAGAGAAGAGCAGUCACGCUGAGACAGCAGAACAGGCAACAGAGACCACAAGCGAAGGGUCUGAUAGUGGUGGGGGUGGAGUUCCACACCGUGUGGUUUCUCCACCCAAGAAUGCAGAGUCAGUACCUCCGCCUGCUUCUGGAGAAGAGGGUGGACAGCAAGGUGCUGAGCAAAAUGCCGGCAAGUCCCCGCAGCACAAACGGAGUGCUGCUAAGGUGGCAGCCAGGAACCGCAACAGCACACUGACCUCUCUGUGCAUACUCAGCCAUUACCCCUUCUUCUCCACCUUUAGGGAAUGCUUAUAUAUUCUCAAGAGGUUAGUGGACUGCUGCAGUCAAAGGCUAACACAACGGGCGGGGCUUCCUCGUGCCACCCAGAGGGACACCAUGUGGCGUGUGUUUACCGGUGCGUUGUCGGUGGAAGAGAAAGGCAGCCAGCUGCUGGCCGACCUGCGGGAGAUCGAAUCCUGGGUGUACCGGUUGCUGCGUUCACCAGUGCCAGUGGCGGGUCAGAGACGUGUGGAUGUGGAAGUGCUGCCCCAUGAGCUCAAAAGGCCACUCACCUUUGCCCUACCUGAUAGCUCUCGCUUCUCCAUGGUCGAUUUCCCGCUGCACCUGCCCCUAGAGCUGUUGGGUGUGGAUGCCUGUCUUCAGGUCCUCAGCUGUGUCCUGCUAGAGCACAAAGUCAUUCUUCAGUCCCGAGAUUAUAAUGCUUUGUCUAUGAGCGUCAUGGCCUUUGUGGCCAUGAUUUACCCACUGGAGUACAUGUUCCCAGUCAUUCCCUUACUGCCAACAUGUAUGGCCUCUGCUGAACAGCUCCUUCUUGCUCCUACUCCCUACAUUAUAGGUGUACCAGCCAGCUUCUUCCUCUACAAAUCAGACUUCAAAAUGCCAGACGAUAUUUGGCUUGUUGACCUUGACAGCAGCAAGGUUAUAGCACCUACCAAUGCAGAGCUUCUACCACCUCUUCCAGAGCCUGAAGCAGGCGAGCUUAAGAAACAUCUAAAACAGUGUCUGGUUAGGUUGACCGUGAUCACCCAAAAGCAGAUCUUCUCCUCUGAGAAUAAGGCUUUGACCAGCAUGAGUUUGAACACCCAACCAAUUCUCAACCUGGAGAAGUUUCAGGAAGGUCAGGAGAUGCCCCUGCUCCCACCUGGACGAGAUAAAGCUUCGCCGUCAUCCACCGAAUUCAACCCUCUAAUUUAUGGCAAUGAUGUCGAUUCUGUGGAUGUAGCUACCAGGGUGGCCAUGGUACGGUUUUUCAACUCUCCAAAUGUUCUUCAGGGGUUCCAGAUGCACACUCGCACUCUGCGCCUCUUCCCGCGGCCAGUGGUUGCUUUUCAGUCGACGUCUUUUCUUGCAUCUCGGCCAAGACGCUCUACCUUUGCAGACAAGCUUUCUCACACCCAGGCCGUAGAGUUCUAUGGAGAGUGGGCUCUCAAUCCCACAAACCUUGCCUUUCAGAGAAUCCAUAACAAUGUGUUUGACCCCUCCUUAAUUGGAGACAAGCCCAAGUGGUAUGCACAUCAGCUGCAGCCAGUGGUCUACAGAGUAUAUGAUGGAAGCUCCCAACUGGUUGAGGCUAUGGCUGGCCCACUGGAGGAUGAAGGCAAUGAGUCUGACCCCACAGACAGCGGCAGUGACAGUGAGGCUUACGACGACUCCAGCUCAUCCUAUUCCUCACUUGGAGACCUAGUGAGUGAGAUGAUUCAAGGUGACAUCCAGGGAGACACACCAAGCUUGGACCCGCCUACCCAUGCAGCACUGGGAGAUGCUAGUGAGGUUGAGUUUCAAGACUACCAUGACUUCAGGGAAGGGCAUGGCCCUGAAGGCCCACCCAGUGGGGACGGACCUGCUGAGCCUUCUGAUGGACAGCCUCUUCGCUCAAGCUCUAGCACAACUGCAAGCUCAAGCCCCAGCACAAUCAUCCAGGGGGUCAACCAUGAGCAAGGGGAAGUACCUGAAAUUGAGGCAUCAGCAAGCGCUGCUUUACAGAACCCCGUGCCGGGAUUGGCCAAUCAGCCGUUCCUCAGACCUGCAGCUGAUGCUGGUCUGGUGGAGCAAGCCAACAAAAAGCAAGAGUAUGACAACCCAUACUUUGAGCCUCAGUAUGGCUUCCCCUCAGAGGAUGACCCUGAUGCAGAAGAGCAAGUGGAAUCAUACACCCCUCGAUUCAACCAGAACCUCAAUGGCAACAAGGCACAGCGUCCUUUACGCCCCAGUAGCCUUAGGCUCCCAGGAGAGUCCGAUGGGGAGGGAGACUCACGUAACAGUUCACCAAACUCCACCAUUUCCAACAACAGCAACGAUGGAUUUGGAGGACUCAUGUCCUUCGCCAGCAAUCUCUACAAGAACCACGGCACAAGUUUCAGCUUGUCCAAUCUUGCCCUUCCUAAUAAGGCAGCAAGGGAGAAAUCAACACCGUUCCCCAGUCUAAAGGAAUAUUUUAAUUUUGAUAUUGAGGAGGAAGUGGAGCAAGCAGUAUUUGGGCUAAAUUCUCUAAUGGAGAUAAUUACAGAGGCCGGCCCGGGGAGCGGAGAAGGCGCACGCGCACCUCGAGCACUUGUUGACCAGAAGUCUUCAGUGAUCAAACACAGUCCGACUGUGAAAAGAGAAUCGCCCUCUCCUCAGGGCCGGGUAAACAACACAAGUGAGAACCAGCAGUUCCUUAAGGAAGUAGUGCAGAGUGUUCUGGAUGGUCAGGGAGUGGGCUGGCUCAAUAUGAAAAAGGUGCGCCGCCUGUUGGAGAACGAGCAGCUUCGUGUGUUUGUGCUGAGUAAGCUGAACAGAGCCGUCCAGUCGGAGGAAGACGCCAGGCAGGAGAUCAUUCGGGAUGUGGAGGUGAACAGGAAGGUGUACAAAGGCAUGUUGGACAUCUUGAAGUGCACAGUUUCCAGUCUGGAGCACUCCUACACUAAUGCAGGCCUCGGGGGAAUGGCCAGUGUAUUCAGCCUGCUGGAAAUAGCACGUACACAUUAUCAAACCAAAGACCCAGAAAAGCGCAAGCGAAGCCCCACAGACAGUGCUGGCAGCCCAGGGAGUAAAGAGAGUCCUUCUGGUCGUAUGGAGACUGCCAGACCUCAGGGCCUUCUGAAUAUUCCCCACCUGCAGCUGCCACACCACACAACGGGCAAAGGAGCCCGCCAUUUUGAUACCCGGAGUCUGAAUGAGGAGAACUUUAUUGCCUCGAUUGAAUUGUGGAGCAAGCACCAGGAUAAGCAAAAAGCUAUGGAAAAACAACAGAGGUCAGAAGGAGCAAAGCAGCAGCGCCCCCAGGUGACAGAUGCAGAGGAGAAGAAGUCCCAAAUCAGUGCUGAUAGUGGCCUGAGUGUAACAUCUGGAUCUCAGAAGAGUGACACUGAAUCUGUAGCAAGCUCAGAGCCACCAAUCCUGACAAGGAGCACCAGCCAGGACUCAGAGGCCAGCACAGUGAUAAGCAAUAGCUCUGGAGAGACUCUCGGAGCUGACAGUGAUCUGAGCAGCACAGCAGGCGAUGGCCUUGGCGGGAGAACCGCCCCUCAUUUAACUCAGUCCAGGGGGACUCUUUCUGACAGUGAGAUUGAAACCAACCCAGCCACCAGCUCAGUGUUUGGGAAGACCCAUACUCUGAAACCUGGUGUAAAAGAUCAUUUACCUGCCUUGGCAAAGGGGCUGCCUGCACAGCCCAUCGAGGACACCAGUAUGAGGAUUUACCUUUUCGAAGGCCUGCUGGGCCGUGAUAAGAGCUCCGUUUGGGAUCAACUAGAGGAUGCUGCCAUGGAAACCUUUUCACUAAGUAAGGAGCGCUCCACACUUUGGGACCAGGUGCAAUUCUGGGAGGAUGCCUUCUUAGAUGCUGUUAUGUUGGAGCGUGAGGGCAUGGGCAUGGACCAAGGACCUCAGGAGAUGAUUGAAAGAUACCUGUCACUGGGAGAACAUGACCGCAAGCGCCUGGAGGAUGAUGAAGACAGACUUUUGGCCACCCUGCUGCACAACAUGAUUGCAUACAUGCUAAUGAUGAAAGUGAGCAAAAAUGACAUCAGGAAGAAAGUGAGGCGCCUGAUGGGCAAGUCCCACAUCGGCCUCACGUAUAGCCAAGAGAUCAACGAGAUACUUGACAAACUGGCUCAAAUGAACGGCCGAGAGCUGUCCAUCAGGCCCAGCGGAAGCCGUCACAUCAAGAAACAAACAUUUGUUGUUCAUGCUGGCACUGAUACUACAGGAGACAUCUUUUUCAUGGAGGUUUGCGAUGAUUGCAUAGUCCUGCGCAGCAACAUCGGUACCGUUUAUGAACGCUGGUGGUACGAGAAACUCAUCAACAUGACCUACUGCCCCAAGACCAAGGUGCUGUGUCUCUGGAGACGCAACGGCCAAGAGACGCAGCUGAAUAAGUUCUAUACCAAAAAGUGUCGUGAACUCUACUACUGUGUUAAAGACAGUAUGGAAAGGGCUGCAGCAAGACAGCAAAGCAUUAAACCAGGUCCCGAACUGGGCGGCGAGUUCCCCGUCCAGGACAUGAAGACUGGUGAAGGUGGACUACUGCAGGUCACACUGGAGGGAAUCAACCUUAAAUUCAUGCACAGCCAGGAGCGGAAGGUUUUCAUAGAGCUGAGUCACAUUAAAAAGUGCAAUACAGUGAAGGGAGUCUUUGUCCUGGAGGAAUUUGUUCCUGAAACUAAAGAAGUGGUGAUCCACAAGUACAAGACCCCGAUGGCACAUCAGAUCUGUUACUCGGUCCUCUGCCUUUUCUCGUACGUGGCGGCAGUCAAGGGGAAGGAGGCGGAAGGAAAACCCAAGAUGCUGUCACCGAGACCCCUUCCUAGCUAGUCUACACCCCACACUCUCCUCCCCUUCGCUCUCUCCCUCAUCCCUGGCGUGCCUCUCUCUACUUGAAAAUGGCAUCUCGGCUCCUAAAACUAGACUCGACAAUCCCCAACUUCACUCUAAGCACACAACUCCCGCGCUCCCCUCCUGUGUAUAUACAAACCCGAGACCCUUUUUAGAUCCAAUUGUGUAGACAUGUUUGGUCUGUGAUGUCAUGUAAAUACUUCCAGCUCUUCACCGCUGUUGCCCAGAUGUUCUUCCCAAACUAGCUAAAUGUUUGCCCGCUUCAUUACUCUGGAAAAGUUGCUCCCCCCAGAGCUCCUCUGCUCCCGGUGAAAGUUUUGCUCCUUGUUCCUGCUAGCAGGACCCAACAGUUUUUACUCGUAUGUGAUGUGAGGGCUCCACUACCCCAUCACCCCCCAACCCCGAGGCACUGAGUGCUUGCAGGUCGCGCGCACAGCCUCGACGUACAGCGUAGCUUCCUGCCCUCUCCUGCCCGUCUCCAUAUGACUGUAUGACGUAUUCUGUGAUAUGUGGUUACUGUAAAGGUCCAGUCUGUCCCAGUUGGUCCAACAACCAGAGACUGUCGUGUAGUGCGGGAUGUUCCAUGCUGAAAAUGCUACUGUAUACUGCACCAGAGCACCGCAUGUAAACGCUUCGUUAUGGUGUUUGAACCCUAAAAUACUGUGAGUGUUCUCAGAUGUGUACUCUAGCCCGGCCCACCCGGCUCAAUUACUGUUCUAGUUCUACUGUAAAAUUUCUCGUCUGUGGUCUGCUGUUAUCAAUUGCAUGUUACUAUAAGGAUGACAAAUAAAUAUUAUAUAUAUAUUUCUAUAUAUAGUAUUUAUUUAAUAUAUACAUAUAUUGACUGUACAUUUCUGGAAAACAAAAUGUUACAAAUGUUAAUUUGCUAGAUGUGCAAUACUUAAAAAGUAGUUAGCCAUUGCCAGAGCCAGGUUUUCUCGAGUGAACUGGCUUUCACAGGGUGACGAAUGUAAGAACGAGUUUGUUUUUCUAUAGUACACAUCGAUCGAUUGAAUAUUACGACUUCAGUGUGACACGAGCAUUUAGUUUUAAAAGGUGAUCACAGGUCAGUCGGUGCAAAGGACUGCUGCUGUGUCGCUCUCUGUGGGUGCUAACAAACCCCACCCCAAUCAGCGAUGUCACAGCAGGCGGCGGGGAUGCCGGGGUAAAUGUCACCGUCUUCUUACAGCUUUUAAUUGUAGGCAAAGGCUGCAUGGAUAAUGAGCUACUAAAGGCAGUGCAAAAUGUCUUUGAUGGUACACAUGUGAGCUGUGUGUGUGCCCACUUUAAACAACAGAUGUUUCAAAACUUCUGCAAUUUUUUUUUUUCCUUCACUUGACCAUAAAUACAAGUAUGUAAGUCAUUAAAACAUUCAGUGGUGGGUGAUAAUCUAGAGACAUAAUUGUAGAUAUUUCCCUAUCUGUGGUACAAACACUGGAGUUACACGCUGGUACUUAAUGAAACCCCAAUAAAAAGUAGUGUGGAAAAGAAGGCAUUUUUAGUAACAGUGUAACAUCCAUGCUGGAAUUAUUCCUGCGCAACUGAAAACACAAAUAUUCACUAGAGAAGCCGAAACCAGUGUAGGAGCUGCAUAAUCGACUGAUGGGGUGUGGAGAAAUGAGAAAUAAGCCACCAAACCCACAGCAGCAGUUCUUCCUCCUGUGACUGACCCUUCAGACGCGCUGAAGAUGCCAUCUGUGGUCACCUGAUGUCCAAGGAGACGAUUGAGUCUUUGUCGUGUCUGGUCCCAUCGCUGGCUCGUUUACUUUCACAGUGAGAGUGCGUGGUUUUGUUUUUUUUUUGUGGUUCGCGUGUGUGAAUGUGGUGAACACUUUUCUCUAGAUCAGCAAUAUAUCAGUACAGCUGUAAGGCUGGAAGAUGUUAUUUUGAUCCUGACAUGCUUGUAUUUUUAAGGAAUUUAACUGUGCAAAAGGAAAUCUGAAUGUGGAGAAGAUGCUGUUAAUAAAUGACAGAACUUGAUCUGAAGCAUCUGCAAAACUGAUCUGAGAAUUUUCUGCUUGAGUUAACUUUUUUUUUUUUUAAACUGGAUUAUUACAACUCAUCUCUGUUGCUGUGAAAUCUGAUAGCUGUAAAGAGAAGGAAAAAUGACAUGAGAUGGAUGGUGUAAGUAUUCCAGUAUUCAAAAAGUAUUUAUAAAAUAUGUACAGCUUUGGCAAUAUAAUAAAGAUGUCCCAAACGAAA